CUCUCUCUCUCUCUCACACACACACAUUACACAUCACAUAUUCUGUCCUACUGCUUCUUUUUAUGCUCUCUAUUAUCUCUUUUUCUCUCUCAUUCUCAGAGAGACAAAUCUUAACAUAGACAGACAAACCAACAUUUUCUCAUCAGCUUCAUUCUCGCAUGUGCUUUUAGAUACUAUAUGUUUAUAUAUGGGAUUUUCAUGUGAGGAUCACUUUGAAGAAAAGGACAUGGAGUUUUCCUUUAUAGAUGAAACUAGUGAAACAACACAGAACAGUAUCAUCAUGGAAGUGUAUCAUCAUUAUCAUGGGGUCGAUAACACAGAUUUCUUCCCAGUUGAACACCCUAUGGAGCCACCAGACGAAGAUCGUCCGGUGAAAUGCCCUAUGCCUCAAUCUUCAGUCAUUACUGAUGAAAGGAAGCACGAAAAAAGGAAUGCAGAUAGCAUAAGGAAGAGAGGGGAGAUAUCUGGGACCACGACCGAGGGACAAAGAAGAGCUUCUGUGGAUGCCCCAGCUCGAGGAGUGCGAAAGCGGCAUCACACCCUCACACAUGGAUCUGGAGGAGACAUUGUGAUGACUCCACUGAUGAGAAUGCCAUCUCUCCCUCGGCAGUCUCAGAAUAUCACUAUCUUUCAAGUGCUUCAGCAACUGGACAAGUUUGAGUCUUAAGAACUAAAUGUAAUCACAACAGUCCAUGCAAGGAGGGAUGCAUAUUUUAAUCAUAAGCUAGGUAACAGAACUUCAAAAUAGAGCAAGACAGCAAGCAUUGGUGCAUGAAGAACCCCAAGUUUUCAUCAUAUAUCAUUGUCAAAAGAAUGUAUUUUCAUGUUUUCUAUUCAUCAAGACAAUAUUAUACUUUAAAGUGUUUUCAAAUGAGCAGAUUACACAAUUCUAAUUA